AUGCGACAAAUUAUCGAGGCUGAGGAAGAAGAACAAAGUGUUCUCGGAUCCGACGCCGUAACCCCCGACGAUAACGUAGACCUUCUUCUGAACGACAUUGCCGCGAUUGACCUGGAAGACGUCACGCCCUCCCCUGUCCAGAUAUUCAGACUCUGGCAGGUGUUCUUGGAAAGGGUCAACCCCAUCACCAAACUCAUCCACGUCCCCAGUCUGCAGCCACUGGUUGUAGAGGCGGCUGCGAACCACUCCAACGUCGCCAACAACGCGCAGGCCUUGCUCUUUUCCAUCUAUCUCGUUGCGACCCUCACCAUGACGGAGUCAGAAGCGCGGCAGAUGCUGGAUACCUCUAAAGAGGAGGCGCUUAAGAAAUUCACCGCGGGUGUCAAGGCAGCGUUGACCAAGGUCAACUUUCUCAAGAACCAUGACCUGAUGACGCUGCAAGCCUUGAUCUUGUAUCUGAUCUCCCUCCAAGGCCGGUAUAACCGCCAUGCGGCCUGGGUCCUCAGCGGCAUCCUAAUCAGAAUUGCCCAAAAGAUGGGGCUCCACAGGGACGGCGAGCUUCUCAAUCUGACACCGUAUGAGACGGAAAUGCGACGAAGGCUUUGGUGGCAGAUCAUCAUGUUGGACACCAAGUACGCCAUGGUGUCGGGCUUCUGCGACACAUUGCUGCCUUGGAACUGGGAUACGCAGACGCCGCAAAACGUAAACGACGCCGACUUGUUCCCCGGCUCGACCGAACCCGUUCAGCCCCGGGAAGGACCAACAGAAAUGGCCUUCUGCCUGCUCCUCUACGAAGUUGGUCGCUUCAUCGUCGAGAACCGAAUCCCCGAUUUCGAGGCCGUCGUCCUCGGCGCCAUGGAAAAUGACAGCCAAGACUCCCAGCUGGCAACCCAGACGUCAUUGGCAAAGUACCGAACUCUGGUCGAUAACCUCGAUGCGAAGCUCAUCGCCCUCGAGAAGCGAUACUGCGACCCCUUGGCCGGCAACAUUCACAUCGUUGCGACCAAGAUCCGCUCCAUGAUCAUCGAUAAGAUGCGGACGAUGAUGAUACCAAUGCGCGAACUGCCGGAAUGGGGCACCGAGAUUUUCAACGUGCAGGACAACAUGUUCCGGAUCUCCCUGAUGCAUCACGAGCACAACGUCGAGCUGUACGACUUUAUGGAGAACACGGGGUUUGUCUGGUUUUUCAAGCUGCACUUCCAGAUCGAUGUCUUCAUUGUCAUGGCUGGGCAGCUGUACAAGAGACCAACCGGCAGACUGGCGGAUCGCGCUUGGAAGGUUGUCGACAGGAUAUACCAGUACCACGAGGAGCUGUGGGACAUGUCGAAGAAGGAGAACACGCAGCUGGGUGUCUAUAUGCUGAAAGCUUGGAGGGCACGAGAGCGAGCGCUGGUCCAGAUGGGCCUACCCUACGAAACCCCCAUCGCCAUCCCACGGCUACAGGAUACCGUUCCCCAAUCGAGCUCGGAGGCAUCGUCGUGUGGCCCCUCUCCGGCGCAGACGUUGAAGAUGGAAAUCCCUCAAAGGCAAGACCAACCCAUGGAUCAAUUCCUGGGCAACUUCCUCGACACAACGAACUUUUACGACCUAGACAUGUGGGCGGACUUGGGCGUCCCCAACGGCAACAUGAACCAGCAGUCCACUGCAAACAUGUUUGGGCAGUUUGGAAACUUUGGCGUGCCACCAACGAAUAGAGGCUGGUAA